AUGGGAAACCUGCCAGUAUCGAGAGUAGUGCCAUCGCCCCCCUUCGCUGUGACCGGCGUGGAUUACGCCGAGCCUUUCUGGACCAAGCAAGGCACACGUCGUCCAACUUUGGUGAAGUCGUACGUGGCCGUUUAUGUUUGCAUGGCAACCAAAGCCGUCCAUUUGGAGGGUGUCUCCGAUUUGAGUACCGAUGCCUUCAUGGCGUCCUUUCGUCGAUUUAUCGCUCGCCGUGGAAUGGUCCAAGAAAUCCAUUCGGACAACGCCAGCAGUUUUAUUGAGUGGAAUUUCAUUCCACCCGACGCACCCGAGUUCGGUGGUUUGUGGGAGGCAGCCGUGAAGUCAGCCAAAACCCAUUUGAAGCGGGUAGUCGGCAAUACGACUUUAACGUUCGAGGAAUUGUGUACGAUCCUGUCAGAAAUCGAGGCCGUCUUGAACUCCCGACCAUUGUUCGCAAUUUCCAACGACCCGGCGGACCCGCUGGUGAUAACUCCAGCGCAUUAUUUGACUGGACGACCGCUGAUCGCCCCAGCUGAACCUUCCCUGGAGAACGUCAAAGCAUCCCGCUUGACACGGUCGCAAAAUCUCCAACUUAUGCGCGAGCAAUUCUGGCGUGCCUGGAGCCGGGAUUAUUUGAAUACCCUGCAGCCUCGGAAGAAAAAUCGACAAGAGAACCCGAACAUUCGGGAAGACAUGAUCGUGUUGCUUCACGAUCGUAACCAACCACCACUCAACUGGAAGUUAGGUCGCAUCGUAGCCGUCUAUCCUGGAACCGACGGCCUGGUCCGAGCAGUUGAUGUCUUCGUGAAUGGAACCACGGAUCGACGUCCCAUCAAUAAGGUGUCCAUUCUGCCCAUCGAGGAUAAUGAUCCCCGUCAAAGCCCUCUGACUUCCAAAAGGUGUUGA